AAACGCCGUCACACCGAUGGCCAUUUUGUUGUUUUGUGUGGAAAAAUUUUCGGCAUGGUUUAAAUUUUGCGAAUAUAUUCAGAGCUUAGGUGGCAAAAACGGUGUUUCACAUGAUAGUAUCCAAGCAAACAUUUGAAUUGCUAUAGCAAGCAGAAAGCAGACAUUAACAAGAUGAGUGGAGCAAAUGCAAAAUCAUCGGCGGGGUUGGGAGGUGGCUUUGGUAGUCAUAUACCCAGUAUUGAGGAAAAGAAUAGGCAAAUCCAGCAGGAGACCAUGAUGGAGAAACUGAGAGCAAAGUACCGCAACAAACCGAAAACGUAUGAGGAGAUCAAGAAGUCUGUGAGAAUGUAUUUUAUUGAGAAGCACUAUCCACUGGACCCGCUGUGCAAGGCAACGCUGCAGUCGGCUUUGGACAAGCUGCAGCACUAUAUCAAGGUAACCUCGAGGCAUGGCCUUGUGGAGCGACUGGAGAGCCUGUCGCGGCAAUUGGGUCUCAAGUUCAUGGAAGAUCAGCAGCUCCUGUUUAUUUCCACGGACAUGUUCUAUGUGGAAAUUUUGCUGGACGCUAGCGGUAAUCUGUCGGACGUCAAGGUGCAUCACGAGUGCAAAAUAGAGCAACAAUCGAACGAAUUGGUAAAGUGCCUGAAGUCAGGAGACUUUGCCGACUUCACCGUCCAGCUAGAGGGUCUUUCUUCAAUUUACCAACUCAAUGCCGAGCCAAAGGUGAAGAAGAAGGCGUUUGUGGCCCUACAGGCCAUGGAAACAGACAUAUACAGUCUCUACAGUCAUCAGAUGCAAAAUCGCACGGGGGACAGCUACGAGAUCAUGAACAGCUCUGCCGUGGGCCUGGUUCUGCAGCGUCGUGGCGGCCAUCCCAUGAAGCUGACCUACUUCUGCCCCCCCAUCCACCUGACGGAUGGAGACUCCAAGGUGGCAAGCAGCGAGUUAAGCAUUGAUCAGGUGAUGCACAGCAGCCACGGACUGAGUGCCACCGUCAACCUGGAAGGCUCCUCGGCCAACAAGCUUCAGAUUAUGCCCAUUUUAAGCUUUAGUCGCGAUCCGCAAACGGGCCUGGAGAUGCCCACGUAUGCACAGCUCAAUCAGAACAACUGCAUGCUGAUGCCGGCCACAUAUGUACUGCGUCUGAACAAGCCCAUGCCCGUGUGCUACGAGACCCUCAAGAGUCUAGGUCUGCCGGGCGUGGAGGGCAUGACGGUCGCGGCCUCAUCGCCAGUCGCCACUGUGCUCAAUUUGAUUGUGCAAACCGCCUCUAAGCAGGCGAUAAAGAACACCCAGCGGGGCCUCUAUGUCAAUCUGCCCAAGGAGACGCACUGCUAUUUCUUUACGGACAAUCGUAAGCUGCAAGGUGCACUGAUAUCCUCCCUGCCCUUCACAGAGCCCGCCCAAGUGCCCAAGAUAAUGGCGUUUCUGAAGAAGCAGGCCCUUUUCUACACACUUCUAGCUAGCUGUGUGCGAGAACAACAGAAGCAAUACAAUGACAUGGAUAGCACUGUGAUACUAGAGGUGACGGCCGUCUCCUUCAACCAGAUCACUGUGGAGCUGCAGCACCCCUAUGAGGAGUCGCUGGCCACGGUAGAUUUUCUGCUGGAGGAUGGGCAGGCCACAUGCAGCACCUAUUGCCUGAAUAACGAGUACGAGCUGCUCUCUCAAAAGCUAACUCGUACUGUGCGGAAGGUCCUUUCCAUUCCGAUGGUCAUCUACAAGCUGCUUAAGUGCUGGGAUGAGGAGCAUCAGUGCAAGUUGCACGGUGUGAUUGGUACUGGAGCGGGCGCUGGUGCGGGAUCUGGAUCGGGAGCUGGAACAGGAAAUGGUGGCGCUGGCGGUGGAGGACUGGGGCUUUCUCAUGCCCAUCAUUUUAACCAAUUUGCCAUGGAAACCGGACCCUCGGUUGAUGGAAGCCUACCCAGUGGGGGCUUCACCAACAUCAACAACCUAAAAAUGGAAGCCAAGUCGCGCUCUCUGGCAGAUGCUUUUGCGGCCUCCACAUCGGCAGCGGCAGCCAUUGCCGGCCUAAUAAAUCUAAAGCGUGAAACGGAUCCUCAAUCUGCCGUCGGUUCUGUGACUUCGGCGAACUCCACUGGCAGUUCAGCCUCCCUUUUGGCGGCGGCGAAGGCGAGCGAUCAUGAAAUUGCCGACAAGUAUAAAAACAUUUGGAAGGAUAAAACGCCGAAUCUGAAGCACUGCGUCAGCAUAACUCCCAUUCCUGGAGACGGUAAGACAGGUGGUGUAGGAGGAGCCGGAGGAAGCAACGUUGGCGGAGGCGUUCCAACAGUGGAGGUUCAGCGCACAGGUGGCAUAGAGAUAAUACCAUUAAAUGCACAGAGCCAGACCAGUGGAUCGCGGGACGGGGGAAGUGCGACCUCCUCAACGGCACCCACUACCAUAACCAUAACUCCGAUUACUGGUAAGGAUCCAGCCAAGGAGUCGUCCAAAAAGAACUGCUCAGCGCCUGCCGGGGUCAGUGUUGCCACGAAGCGUCCGCACGAAAGCAGCGCCAGCGCUUCAUCUUCGACAGCCGGCAGCGGAGGCAGCAGCUCGUCCACAUCCUCCACCGGCAGCAGCAGCUCCUCCUCCACUGACACGCAGAAGGAGAAGAAGCGCAAGAAGAAACGGGAUGAUUCUCCCAUGGGACCCCCGGAGAAGAUAUACUCCCGCCAGAACUCGCCAGCGGCUGGUGGAGAUGCUUCUGCGCCCGGUGGAGUGGUAAGGAAGUUUUCCUCUCCCUCAUCCUCGCCCAAAGCCGGUGGAUCCGGACAGGGCCUAAUGGCUGGUGUGCCCCCGGCACGUCCUAGCCCAAAGCAUUCGCCCGUCUACAGCAGUCCCAAGCACAACACCGCCUCGAACAGUCCCAAAUCGCCUUUUGGAACGCACUCUCCUAAGCACGGCUCCUCGGGAAAGCCAAGCAUGUCCACUUUGAAGAGUGCGGCCACUGCGGGGACUAGCCUUAGUCCCAAAGGUGAUAAAUCGGCAUCGUCCGUCUGCGUUUCUCCCUCAGCAUCUGUAGGAUCAUCCACAGUAACUGGCGGCAAUUCCAGCCUGGUGCGUUCAUUUGCAAGCGUUGGAGCACCGCCACCACCACCACCAGUUCCUCCCCUGACCAGCGCAAGCAGCAGUAGCAGCAGUCAACAAAGCGGCAGCUCUGGCAUUAAAAAGGACAAAUCAUCCUCUGCGGGUACCUCGUCGUCGUCGGUAUCUUCUUCUGGCCCCUCCGUUGGUAGUGGCGGUGUCGGAAGUGUAUCUUCGGCCAGUGUGGUGGCUGCCGCCGGAGUAGCUGCCGCUGUGCCGGCUCUGAAAACCUCCCAACAGCAGCAACAACAACAACAACAACAACAACAACAACAACAGCAGCAGCAGCAGCAACUGAAAUCAUCUGUUGCGAGCCUAUCUCAUCUGGCUGCUGGAGGCAGCAUGGGCAGCUAUGCGGGAGCUGGCGGAGCAGCAGUGGCGGCAGCAGCUGUUGCAGCGGCGGCAACGGUGGGAGCAGGAGCAGGAGCGGUUACAGGUGCUUCGGCCCUGGAACUGAGUGCUCUGCGGAAGGGCCUGGCGGGAGGCGCGGUUAGUUUGAUGACGUCGACGGCAGCUUUAGCAACAGCAAUCCCAGCAACAGCAGUAGCAGUGGUAACGGGAAUGGGAGUGGGAGUGGCAGCAGCGUCAGCGGGAGUGGGAGCAGCGGCAUCAGCGGGAGCAGCAGCAGCACCACCACCAGCAACGUUUCUACAGCAACAGCUGCAGCCGGGAAUAGCGCCACCUAGUAGCUGCUUGGCCACUAGCGGGUCCAGCAGCAGCAGCGACGGAGGAGGAAGCAACAUCACAAGUGGAACGUCGUCGGAAUAUAUGGUGAAACCGAGCAGCCAGGAAGGCCUCAAGCUGACCAUCAACAAGACGGGCAUCAGUAAGAGCUCCAGUUCCGUCGCAAGCUCCUCAAGUGGAAUGGGAAAAACGAAGGGCAGCAGUAGUGGCUCGAGUGGCGGCCCAGCAGCCUCGUCUAGUUCCUCGAGCUACGCCAAAAAGCAGCACACGGGCCUCAAGCCCGGAGUGAACAGUGGACCUGCCUCCAAGAAAGCCACCGCGUCAGCAGGCGGGUCCUCCUCCAGCAAGCAUCUUUUUCAGAAGGCCAACUCGUCGGGCAACUUAAGCAACAAGCUCAGCGGAUCUGCCAGUGGCGGCGGUGUACUGCUGACAAAAAGCAACAGUACCAAUUCCUUCCCAGAGCACAACGCGCCCAGGCGUCGACCCAGUAUGGGAGGAUUAGCCAGCAGCGGCGGUUUGGCUCAGCGCAAGGGUGUCUCAUCAGCAACUGGGGCUGGCUCUUCGGGAGCCGUGUCACCAGCAGCCCUCACAGGCUCCAUGUCCCAGCCACCGCCUCGCUUCGAUCAUCACACCGACAUGAUGACCAUUCUACAAUACGCCUCACCCACUAUGGCAGCCAGCAUGGAGGGCUUCAUCAAGGGACUGCACAACAAGUUUCAAAUACCCAAGUUGUCACAGCGAGGAAGCGGUGGCAGUGGACGGAGCACGCCCAGCAGCACUGAGCAGACUUCGACAACAUCUGCAGUUUCCUCGUCAGUUGCCAGUUCCAGUGGACUGUCAGAUCCGGACGCGAAGCCUACAGCACCGCCUCCUCCAUCGGGCAGCGAUCUGCUUCUGAACCUAAGCACCACGGCGCCAAUGAACACUGAAGAUGGCAUCGAUGAGGAGCUUCUGGCCAGCCUGGCUGGCGAAUAACACCUUGCGAUGUUCCUAUUGCUCUAUGCCGCUAUGCGAUUGACAUUUAAAGCUAAACUAACUAAUGGAUAACUUAAGUGGAAUCCUUUGGUGACUGGGCUCAACAAUUAAGCUACAGCAAUCAUCGUACUCGUAUUUAUGAUUACACAAGAUGCUCUCAUUAUAUUUAUAUUAUUCCGCACACCAUAUAUUUAUAGCAUUGUACUCGUAUCUCACGAUCUGCAUCUGCAUUUCU